AUGGUGGCCAUUAGUACCUUCUUCCGCCUCCUCCUACUGAUCUCCUUCGUGCAAGCACUUGUCCCGCAGGACACUAUCUUCGACGUCGAGCUAGUCCACCGCGACUCCCCGAAGUCGCCACUGUUCAACAGCUCGAUGACACCCUUCGAUCGCCUGCAGGCUGCCGUCGUCCGCUCGGUCAACCGAGCUAGCUACUUGGACAACCGCAUCGACAUGAAGACCUCCAUCAACAUAGAGCUCGGCUUGCGUUAUGAUGACGGGGAAUUCUUGAUGCGGUUCAGGAUGGGCACGCCAAACUCGCAAUCUAUGUGGGGCAUCGUUGACACCGGUAGCGACCUAAACUGGGUCAAUUGCGUUGGCUGCCAAUGCUUCAAGAAGAAGACCACCACCCUAUUCAAUCCUAAUGCAUCCCUCUCCUACAAGAAGUUAUCUUGCUUUUCCGAUGAGUGCAGGAGCUUUAGACUGGGUCAUUGCAAUGAUGAUCAGAUAUGUCAGUACCAUGCCACCUACGGUGACGGCUCCAACAUUGACGGAAUUUUCUCCUCGGAAACCUUUAGUUUCACCUCGUUAGGUACAAACCAAAAUACCUUCAUUCCAAAUAUGGUAUUCGGUUGCAACUUCCGGUCCUUGCACAUCCAAAUUGACGACCCCGGCAGCUUCAUUGGGUUGGGCCCCGGGUCGCCGUCUCUGAUCCAUCAGCUCGCCCCUAAGUACAUUAGUAAGUACUUCUCCUACUGCUUGGACAUGCUCCGUGGGGGAGAUGCCAGCAGGCUCUUCUUGGGACGUGGCAAACAGACGGUCACCGGAAAGACGACGGUCACGCCGCUCAUGACGCAAGAUGGCUUCUACGCCGUGCAACUUAACACCAUCUCGAUCCCGGAUGAGUUCGACAUCUUGCUUACUAGGAGGUCCAAGUUGGGGGCUGGCAACAUCAUCUUCGACUCUGGCACUGUCAUGACCAUGCUCAACACUCAAGUGGUGGACCAGUUGGUGAGGGCAUUGACGGAUUACAUUAGCUUGCCAACUGUGAAGACGGGCGAAUACAAAUUGUGCUUCAAUGUGUCCUCGACAGAGCAAGAGGAGCAGCUGCCAGGGUUGUGGUUCUCGUUUGCUGGGACAUUGGGGAACUUCAGGGUGAGCCCUGAUAACUUGUUUAGGUGGUAUAGUGAUCAAGUGAAAUGCAUGGUGAUACUGGGAACGAGUGGUACACAGAUCUUUGGGAAUAUUAUGCAACAAGAUGUUUUGGUUGGGCAUGAUCUAGAUAAAAUGGAAUUGACCAUUAUAGAUAAAAGAUGCAUCGAUUUAUACAAUCCCUAA